GGCCCGGCCGACGCGGCUUUGUCUCCUUUGUUCCCAGCGGUGGCAGCGCCGCGGCGGGAGGGGCGGGCAGCGGGCGCAGUUUUCCGCCCCUCGGUCUCCGGGUAACUGCAGCGGCUUCGCCAGACCCACCUCCCCGGGGGAGGCCGCUGAGCGCAGAUCCCGAGCGAGUCCGGAGCGGCCGGCGCCCGCUUCAGGGUGCUCAUCCCGCGGGCUGGCUGGGUGGUGACUCCUACUUAGGUCAUGCUGUUGUCUCCUGAUCCAGCUGGCCCUACCAGGUGAUCAUGCCUGCUCUUGGCCCAGCUCUUCUCCAGACACUCUGGGCUGGGUGGGUCCUCACUCUCCAGCCAUCUCCACCAGCUGCUUUCACUCCCAAUGGCACACAUCUGCAGCACUUGGUGAGGGACCCCACAUCAGGCACCCUCUAUCUAGGGGCCACCAACUUCCUGUUUCAACUGAGCCCUGGGCUGCAGCUGGAGGCCACAGUGUCCACAGGUCCUGUGCUAGAUAGCAGGGAUUGYCUGCCGCCUGUGAUGUCUGAUGAGUGCCCCCAGGCCCAGCUUACCAACAACCCCAACCAGUUGCUCCUGGUGAGCCCGGGAGCCCUGGUAGUGUGUGGGAGUGUGCACCAGGGUGUCUGUGAGCAGCGGAGACUGGGACAGCUUGGGCAGCUGCUGCUGAGACCAGAGCGGCCCGGGGACACUCAGUAUGUGGCUGCCAAUGACCCUGCAGUCAGCACAGUGGGGUUGGUGGCCCAGGGGUUAGCAGGGGAGCCCCUCUUAUUUGUAGGGCGGGGAUAUACUAGCAGAGGUGUCGGGGGUGGUAUCCCCCCUAUUACAACCCGGGCCCUGCAGCCAUCAGACCCCCAAGCUGCCUUCUCCUAUGAAGAGACAGCCAAGCUGGCAGUGGGCCGCCUCUCUGAGUACAGCCACCACUUUGUGAGUGCCUUUGCACAUGGGACCAAUGCCUAUUUUCUGUUCCUGCGACGGGACCUGCAGGCUCAGUCUAGAGCUUUUCGAGCCUAUGUGUCUAGAGUGUGCCUCUGGGACCAGCACUAUUACUCUUAUGUAGAAUUGCCUCUGGCCUGCCAGGGUGGCCACUAUGGGCUGAUCCAGGCUGCAGCUGUGGCUGUGUCCCAGGAGGUGGCCCGUGGGGAAGUGCUCUUUGCAGCUUUCUCCUCAGCGGCUCCCCCCACUGUGGGCCGGCCCCCAUCUGUGGCUACUGGGGCAUCUGGAGCCUCAGCACUCUGUGCCUUCCCUCUGAAUGAGGUGGACCGGCUUGCUAAUCAUACACGAGAUGCUUGCUACACCCGGAAGGGCCGUGCUGAGGAUGGGACUGAGGUGGCCUACAUUGAGUAUGAUGUCAAUUCCUGCUGUGAUCAGCUGCCUGUGGACACCCCGGAUGCUUAUCCCUGUGGCUCAGAUCACACACCCAGCCCUAUGGCCAGCCAUGUUCCAUUGGAAGCCACACCGAUUCUAGAGUUGCCAGGGGUUCAGUUAACAGCUGUGGCAGUCACCGUGGAGGAUGGACACAUCAUCGCCUUCUUGGGUGACAGUCAAGGACAGCUGCACAGUGUCUAUUUGGGCUCGGGGAGUGAUGGCCAACGAUACUCCAUACGGAGCAUCCAGCAGGGGUCUGCAGUGAGCAGAGACCUCACCUUUGAUGGGACUUUUGAGCACCUGUAUGUUAUGACCCAGACUACACUUGUGAAGGUUCCUGUGGCUUCCUGUGCUCAGCAUCUGGACUGUGCAUCUUGCCUUGCUCACAGGGAUCCUUACUGUGGGUGGUGUGUGCUACUCGGCAGGUGUAGUCGCCGUUCAGAGUGCUCAAGGGGCCAAGGGCCAGAGCAGUGGCUAUGGAGCUUCCAAACUGAGGUGGUCUGUUUGCGAGUGGCAGCCAUAAGUCCUGCCAACAUCAGCCGAGAGGAGAGGAGGGAGGUUUUCCUGUCAGUGCCGAACCUGCCACCCCUGUGGCCGGGGGAGUCAUAUUCUUGCCACUUUGGGGAACAUCAGAGCCCUGCCCUUCUGACUGGAUCUGGUGUGAUGUGCCCCUCCCCAGACCCUAGUGAAGCCCCAGUGCUGCAAAGAGGAACCGACCAUAUCUCCGUGAGUGUAGAGCUCAGAUUUGGCGACGUGGUAAUCACCAAAGCUUCCCUCUCCUUCUACGACUGUAUGGCAGUCACUGAGCUUCGCCCAUCUGCACAGUGCCAGGCCUGCGUGAGCAGSCACUGGGGGUGUAACUGGUGUGUCUGGCAGCACCUGUGCACACAUAAGGCCUCAUGUGAUGCUGGGCCCAUGGUGAUGAGCAAACAGAGCCCACUUCUCUCCCUAGCACCCCCUGCAAGAGAUAUACCCACCCUCUUCCCACCCACCGCCCCUGCAUCCACAGUCCCUCCUGUACCUGACACUUUUCCUGUGGACCCAGGAGCCACAGACUCAGAUGUCCCAACUGGGGCCAGACCUUCUUUGCUCAGCCCCUGGGGGCCAUGGGCAGGUCCUGGUCCCAUUCCUUCCCCCACCUCUUCAGAAUCACAUUUCCAUGAGAAGCCCCUCCUUCCCAACCUCCCCAUCAUACCUAGAACCACUGUUCCUGCCCCCACUAACUUGGGACCUGCAGCCACACCUGAGGACCUCUCAGCCUCCCAUCCAUCACCCUCAGAUGCAGCACCAAUGCCCCCUGCAGAACCUGGCCCUGAGACCCUUCCCUCCAUGGUGGCCCUGGAUCAGCCCCCUGGCACUGUACCUGCCACCACUUUCCCAGGGGCCACUGGCUCCACGAAGCCCGCUCUGGACUGGCUCAUGAGAGAAGGUGGCGAGCUGCCCGAGGCCGACGAGAGGACAGGGGGUGACGCGCCCGCCUUCUCCACUUCCACCCUCCUCUCAGGUGAUGGAGACUCAGCAGAGCACGAGGGCCCUCCUGCCCCCCUCAUCCUCCUGUCCAGCCUCGACUACCAGUACGACACCCCCGGGCUCUGGGAGCUGGGAGAGGUGAAUUGGGGGCCAAGCUCCUGCCCCUGUGUGGAGAGUGUUCAGGGCUCCACAUUGAUGCCAGUCCACGUGGAACAAGAAAUUCAUCUGCAAGGCAGGAAUCUGCGCCUUUUCCAGGACAGCCCAGGAGACAAUGAGUGUGUAUUGGAGCUGGAGGGCCUUGAAGUGGUGGUUGAGGCCCGUGUUGAGUGUGAGCUGCCUCCAGAUACCAUGUGCCAUGUCACGUGCCAGCAGCACCAGCUUAGCUAUGAGGCUCUGCAGCCAGAGCUCCAGGUGGGGCUGUUUCUGCGUCGGGCUGGCCGCUUGCGUGUAGACAGUGCUGAUGGGCUACAUGUGAUACUAUAUAACUGUUCUGUGGGCCACUGGGACUGUAGCCGCUGCCAAACUGCCAUGCCCCAAUAUGGUUGUGUGUGGUGUGAUGGAGAAUAUCCACGUUGUGUGGCCCAGGAAGCCUGUGGAAAGGCUGAGGCUGUGGCCACCCAGUGCCCUGCACCUCUCAUCCACUCAGUGGAACCACUGACUGGGCCUAUAGAUGGAGGUACCCGUGUCACCAUCAGGGGCUCCAACCUGGGCCAACAUGUGCAGGAUGUGCUGGGCAUGGUCAUGGUGGCUGGAGUGCCCUGUGCUGUGGAUGCCCAGGAGUAUGAGGUCUCUAGCAGUCUUGUAUGCAUCACUGGGGCCAGUGGAGAGGAGGUGGUUGGUGCUGCUGCAGUGGAGGUGCCAGGAAGAGGGCGCAGCAUCUCAGAGCUCAACUUUGCCUACCAGGACCCAAAGGUGCAUUCCAUCUUCCCAGCCCGUGGCCCCAGAGCUGGGGGCACCCGCCUCACCCUGCAUGGUUCCAAGCUAUUGACCGGGAGGCUAGAGGAUAUCCGAGUGGUGGUUGGAGACCAGCUUUGUCACUUGCUGCUGGAACAGCAGUCAGAGCAGCUGCAGUGUAAGACCAGCCCACACUCCAUACCUGCCACGCUUCCUGUGACAGUGUGGUUUGGGACCAUUAAGCGGAGGCUUCAGCAUGGCCAGUUCAAAUACACAUCAGAUCCCAAUGUCACCUCAGCUGGCCCCACUAAGAGCUUUCUCAGUGGAGGACGUGAGAUAUGGGUUCGUGGCCAGAAUCUGGAUGUGGUGCAGACACCAAGAAUCCGAGUGACAGUGGCUCUAGGAGUGCUGCAGCCUAGCCAGGGGAAUGGGCGGAGGCGCCGUGCAGUCCCGGAGACAGCGUGUUCCCCUGGAGCCUCCUGUGGCAGUCAUCACUUUGAAGAGCCAUGUUAUGUGAACUCCUCCCAUCUCAUUAUAUGCCGUACACCUGCUCUCCCAGGCCUACCUGAGGACCCCUGGGUCCAGGUGGAAUUUGUCCUUGACAACCUGGUCUUUGACUUUGCAACACUGAGCCCCAUACCCUUCUCCUAUGAGGCUGAUCCCACUCUGCAGCCCCUCAACCCUGAGGACCCCACCAUGCCAUUCCGGCACAAACCUGGAAGUGUGUUCUCUGUGGAGGGGGAGAAUCUGGACCUGGCAAUAUCCAAGGAGGAGGUGGUGGCCAUGAUAGGAGAUGGCCCCUGUGUGGUGAAGACACUGACCCGGCACCAUCUGUACUGUGAGCCCCCUGUGGAGCAGCCACUGCCACGGCACCAUGCCCUCCGGGAGGCACCUGAUGCUUUGCCUGAGUUCACAGUGCAGAUGGGAAACUUGCACUUCUCCCUUGGUCAUGUGCAGUAUGAUGGCGAGAGCCCUGUGGCUUUUCCUGUGGCAGCCCAGGUGGGCUUGGGGGUGGGAGCCUCUCUUCUGGCUCUGGGUGUCAUCAUCAUAGUCCUCAUGUACAGGAGGAAGAGCAAGCAGGCCCUGAGGGACUAUAAGAAGGUUCAGAUCCAGUUGGAGAAUCUGGAGAGCAGUGUACGGGACCGCUGCAAGAAGGAGUUCACAGACCUCAUGACAGAGAUGACUGAUCUCACAAGUGACCUUCUGGGAAGUGGCAUCCCCUUCCUCGACUAURAGGUGUAUGCCGAGAGGGUCUUCUUCCCUGGGCACCGGGAGUCACCUUUGCACCGGGAUCUCGGUGUGCCUGAGAGCAGGCGACCCACUGUGGAACAGGGCCUGGGGCAGCUCUCCAACUUGCUCAACAGCAAGCUUUUUCUUACCAAGUUCAUCUACACACUGGAGAGUCAGCGAACCUUCUCUGCUCGGGACCGUGCCUACGUUGCAUCUCUACUCACUGUGGCCCUGCAUGGGAAGCUUGAGUACUUUACUGACAUCCUUCGCACCUUGCUCAGUGACCUGGUAGCCCAGUAUGUGGCCAAGAACCCCAAGCUGAUGCUGCGCAGGACAGAGACUGUGGUGGAAAAGCUGCUCACCAACUGGAUGUCCAUCUGUCUUUAUACCUUCGUGAGGGAUUCAGUAGGGGAGCCUCUGUACAUGCUCUUUCGAGGGAUUAAGCAUCAAGUGGACAAGGGGCCAGUGGAUAGCGUGACUGGCAAAGCCAAAUACACUCUGAACGACAACCGCCUACUCAGAGAAGAUGUGGAGUACCGUCCCCUGACCUUGAAUGCACUGUUGGCUGUGGGGACUGGGGCAGGAGAGGCCCAGGGUGUGCCUGUGAAGGUCCUGGACUGUGACACCAUCUCCCAAGCCAAGGAGAAGAUGCUGGACCAGCUUUAUAAAGGAGUACCUCUUGCCCAAAGGCCAGCACCUCGUACCCUAGAUGUUGAAUGGCGAUCUGGGGUGGCUGGACACCUCAUCCUUUCUGAUGAGGAUGUCACUUCUGAGGUUCAGGGUAUGUGGAGGCGCCUGAACACUUUGCAGCAUUAUAAGGUCCCAGAUGGAGCAACUGUGGCCCUUGUUCCCUGCCUCACCAAACAUGUACUCAGGGAAAACCAGGAUUAUGUCCCUGGAGAACGAACUCCAAUGCUGGAGGAUGUAGAUGAGGGGGGCAUCCGACCCUGGCACCUGGUGAAACCGAGUGAGGAACCAGAGCCACCCAGGCCACGGAGGGGCAGCCUUCGGGGCGGAGAGCGUGAGCGAGCUAAGGCCAUCCCUGAGAUCUACCUGACUCGCCUGUUAUCCAUGAAGGGCACCCUACAGAAGUUUGUGGAUGACCUGUUCCAGGUAAUUCUUAGUACCAGCCGCCCUGUGCCUCUAGCUGUGAAGUACUUCUUUGACCUGCUGGAUGAGCAGGCCCAGCAGCAUGGCAUCUCUGACCAAGACACUAUCCAUAUCUGGAAGACCAACAGCCUGCCUCUGAGGUUCUGGAUCAAUAUAAUCAAAAACCCACAGUUUGUGUUUGAUGUGCAGACGUCUGAUAACAUGGAUGCAGUGCUCCUUGUCAUUGCACAGACUUUCAUGGAUGCCUGCACUCUGGCUGACCACAAGCUGGGCCGGGACUCCCCCAUCAACAAACUUCUGUAUGCUCGUGAUAUUCCCCGUUACAAAGGGAUGGUGGAAAGGUACUAUGCAGACAUCAAACAGAAUGUCCCAGCCAGUGAUCAAGAGAUGAACUCUGUCCUGGCUGAGCUGUCCCGGAACUACUCUGGUGACCUCGGGGCACGAGUGGCCCUGCAUGAACUCUACAAGUAUAUCAACAAAUACUAUGACCAGAUCAUCACUGCCCUGGAGGAGGACGGCACAGCUCAGAAGAUGCAAUUGGGCUAUCGUCUCCAGCAGAUUGCAGCUGCUGUGGAAAACAAGGUCACGGAUCUAUAGGGACCAGGGUGUCCUGGCCUGCUGUUGCCUCAGUUCUGCCUGGACACUCCUGGAACCUUAAGGAGAAGACCACCUUCUUAGAUGUUUAUAGUGACUGACAAGCAGGUUUAGUGGAAGGUGGUUCCUAGUCUCCUGGUGGCUCUGGCCUUAGCCCUGCUAGACUCACCUUGUAGGCGUGGGACCUUGAAGCUCAUGAGGUGGUGCCUGGCUUGCUCUCUGAGCUCAGUGGCCCUGUGUACUACUUCUUGUGUGACAUCAGCCUGCCUGGAUAUGGGAUUUAGGGUUUCCAGAGUGUUUGGAAGGGCCUCCAGGACCCUGGGGAGACUGUACUAUUCCUGAGCACUGGCCUUUAUCCCAACAGGAUUCAGAGACUUUCUGUCCUCCAUCAUUCCUGACCUUGGUUUAGUUUCCUCUGUCCUUGUUGCUGCUGCCACAUCCAAGGUCUCUUAGAUAAAGCCUUUCCUAGGUCAUUGCAAACUGACCCCUCAGCAAGGCUGGCUGCCUCAGGGCCAUCCUAUCUUCCAGGCAGCCAGUAAUGAGGGGUAUCUGCUGAGGGGGUCUUGGGGAGAAGGGUGGCCCACUGACUCAGCUUUUCAUUAAAGGAUAACACACUGA